AUGGAGAUUAUACCCGUUUCAUGGAGCGACCAGCCAAACCCAAUCCCCAACCUCCGCACCCGAACGUUCUUCAUAACAGACCAUCCCCUCGAUGAGCAAAUCCUCAAAAGCGGUCUAGAUAAACUGAUCAGAAAUCACUGGAGAAAGCUAGGCGCGCGUAUUUUCCCAUCGCGUGGGGAUACACGCCUGGAGUACCAUUUACCGCAUGUUUUCCCAGAUGACUAUGAGCUCUUCAAAUGGUCAUCCGUCAGCGCCGGGUAUUCAUACGGUGAGACUUAUGAACUAUCCAAGAUUCUGCACCCAGGCGAUGGUAUAGCCUUCUUGCCAAAUAUGGAGACCAUAGAUGCGCGGUUGAGACCACAGGAUUGGCCGUAUGAACGGAAAGACGAGCCGCCUAAUUCACCGCUGUUAUAUGUCCACUUGACCAAGUUUUCGGAUGGAGCGGUUCUUGCGACAAGUCUUCCGCAUGUCUUUGCUGAUCAAGGCGGCUUGGCCAAUAUCGUCAAGGCAUGGCUUACCGUCAUUGAGGGGAAGGUACCGCCAAAGAUGACAGGGUAUAAGUAUGAUGUGCUUGGAGGUGAAAAGCUCUCCAACGUUGAGGUCAAUCAGAAUGAUCGGAUCGGACGGAUGCGUAUCCGCAACAAAAAAGAGGAGUCUAGACUUGUUUUUCUACCAAUACAAGUGGUGCAGAAUUUGAGAGAUAAGGCUAGAGAGCGUUUGGAUGGUAAGCACAUUCUAGCGAGUGAGAUCAGCAACGGUGAUAUUAUUACUGCAAUCUUCACCAAGCUAGCCAGGAUCGAUACCGAGACUAAGUACGAUAUUUCACUUUCCUCAACCAUCAACUUGCGAGAUCGCAUCCCCGAGCUUCAUGGUGAGAGGGGCGAAGGGUAUGUUCACAAUGCGGUACAUUACGCCACAAGCAACUUCACAAUCAAGCCGUCAACAGAGAUAGACGAGAUUGCUCUCCAGAACCGAAUAGCCGUCAACAAAGCCCUAGAGGAAUCGGAUAUCAAAGCGGGUGUCAAGACCCUCCGAGAGCUUGCUAAGGCAAACCAAGUCAUGCUCAUCUGCGAACCGCAUCAUAAACUCUAUAGCUCUUCAAAUUGGAGUGGUUCUUGGCAGGGUAUUGACUUUACGAAAGCAGCGCCAAAGUCCUAUGACUUGUCAAACCAUAGGAAAGAGAUGGUUGUUCUUGGACAGAGUAAGACGCUAAAAGCACCGCUGAGAUAUCGGGUUGCGAUCAUGUGUCGAACAAGUGAAGGGUUUUGGUGCGAUUUUGCAGCUCCAGUCAAGACUAUGGCUUUGGUCGAGAAGUUCUUUAGCAUUGCCUCGGUGACUAUCCUGGGCUUUUCUGAGUGGCGGGGAAGUCUUCCGGGUCAUGAGAAACCCUGGGGGCUGCGUGUCCCAUUCUGGAUCAAUCAGAUGUUCCCCGCUCUGAAGGCCUUGCCUCGCCCCGAGCCAGCUGAAGGCAGUUCCGAGGAUCAUAAACAUUGGCUUGAGGAGUCCGAUAAAUGGACAUCCCUGCGAUGCAAAUGUGGUCGCGGCUACUUCUGUCGUGAACACGGAGACUGGAUCUCCGGUCAUGAGGUUGGCGCAGGCAAUGCUGUUCCUGGCGACCAGCAGCAGAAUGGGUCUUGUCCCAGUUAUCACUAUGAUGACUCUGAGCGAGAGACAUAUGUUGGUCAGCGUGAUGGUGGUCAAAUGUCGACUGCCUAG